ACAUAUAAUCCUUUGUGCAAUUCGGGAAUCUUCUGGAACUUCGGAACGAAUCGUCAUUUUCUCUCUCAAGAUCGUAGGGUUUCUCUCUCCAAUAUUUCACCUUUGCUUUGCAGUGUAGAUCCUCAACAUUCAGAGCCAAAAUGGCGACUACUUGUGAUACUAAAUUGAGCAUGAAGCUUUUGAUUGACACCAAGGCUGGCAAAGUCCUAUUUGCUGAGGCUGAUAAGGACUGUGUUGAUUUCCUCUUUCACAUUCUCUCAUUGCCUGCUGGAACCGUUAUCAGUCUUCUUAAGGAGAAAGGAAUGAGUGGUUCCUUGCCUAACCUCUACGAAAGUGUAGAAAAUCUGAAGGACACCUAUAUUCAAUCGAACCAAUGCAAGGAUAUCCUUUUAAAACCCAAGUCUUCAGUUGGGAUCUCUCCAGUUCCUUUUCUAUUGCUUGAUGGCCAUGUUACGACACGUGAGAAGACUUUUUACGGCUGUUCCUACUCUAGUUCCCACUUAACUGUUUCUGAUGACCCUACUGCUCUCUGUACAAUCUGUAAUCAUACUAUGUCAGAUAAGUUAGUUUAUGCUGCUCCGCGAGUAGCAGGUGGAGCUGUGGAAGCAAAAGGAAAAGGGGGUUUUGUGAAGGAUGUGGUGACAUACAUGGUGGCAGAUGACUUGGUAGUCAAGCCCAUGUCCACCAUCUCUUGCAUUGCUCUUCUCAACAAGUUUAAUGUCAGGGAUGUUGGUGUACUAGAGGAGGAAGUUGUAAGUUUCGGAGUGGAAGAGGCACUGGAGUUGCUGAAGGCAUCUUUGGAGUCGAAAACAGUUCUGACGAGUGUUUUCAUGAGCCGCCGCGAGAAAGCAGAGAAAUAGUUGUAAGACAAUCAAUAUAAGUAGUUGUUUUCAUUUGUUUCAUUGGUUCUGAUAUGUUGGUUAUAUCUAUUGCUAAAAUGUAUUUGUGUGAACAGUUUUAAGCAAUGUUUUUGUUAUAUUAAGAUGUAGUGAGAUGAUCCUUUUAUGAUUGUAAUGUAAAAAUGAGAACAAUGCUAAUUUUUGUAAUGUGGAAAUUUUAAUGUUGUAUGAUAGUGUAAAGUUCCUAGCAA